AUGCAGCUCCUUCGCUGCGCCGCGCGACUUCUGGUAGCAUGGGGAAAUGGGCGGACAGGGAACUUGGAAGCAGGCGAGUUGCAGUGCAAGGUAUCCGUAAGGUACCUGGCCUUCGAGAUGGGUCGGUUCCAAUGGAAGUGUCCGAGAUGUGGCCCUCGGAACUCGCAUGUUCCUGAAAGAGGGGAGAAGAUCCGGACAAGCGGUCAGAAUCUUACAUUGCGAAGGAUGUGGACGUGGGCGGCGUGCUUCUCUGCGGCUCAAAGAAGAGAGUGA